CCUGCCUGGUUACCGUGGAAACAGGUUCCACUGCGGACAAAGGAGGGAGCUGGGUCCUGCUUCCUCCUGGUUCUGUAGAUGAGGAUUUUUAGACCGUGGAGAUUGCGUUGCCCUGCCCUGCAUCUGCCCUCGUUCCCUGCAUUCUCACUAAGGUGGAGCUUGCCCUCACUCACUAUUGACACUGACGAGACCAUGUGUAAAAGUGUGACCACAGGUGAGUGGAAGAAAAUCUUCUAUGAGAAGAUGGAGGAAGCAAAGCCAGCAGACAGCUGGGACCUCAUCAUAGAUCCCAACCUCAAGCACAAUGUGCUGGCCCCUGGCUGGAAGCAGUACCUGGAAUUGCAUGCCUCAGGCAGGUUCCACUGCUCCUGGUGCUGGCACACCUGGCAGUCGCCCCACGUGGUCAUCCUCUUCCACAUGCACCUGGACCGUGCCCAGCGGGCAGGCUCGGUGCGCAUGCGCGUCUUCAAGCAGCUGUGUUACGAGUGCGGCUCGGCGCGGCUGGACGAGUCCAGCAUGCUGGAGGAGAACAUCGAGAGCCUGGUGGACAACCUCAUCACUAGCCUGCGUGAGCAGUGCUAUGGCGAGCACGGAGGCCAGUACCGCAUCCAGGUGGCCAGCCGCCAGGACACCCGGCGGCACCGCGGCGAGUUCUGCGAGGCCUGCCAGGAGGGCAUCGUGCACUGGAAGCCCAGCCAGAAGCUGCUGGAGGAGGAGGCCACCACCUACAUCUUCUCCCGGCCGCCCAGCCCCACCAAGCCGCCGGCCGAGACGGGCUCAGGCUGCAACUUCUGCUCUAUCCCCUGGUGCUUGUUUUGGGCCACGGUGCUGCUGCUGAUCAUCUACCUGCAGUUCUCCUUCCGCAGCUCCGUCUAGGGGCCCCGCGGGGGCCCACGGCUCCAGGAGAGACCCGGGCUGGGAGUGGGGUCACAUUCCAGCACUGGUGCCGCCACUGACUGAGGGGCACCCUGGACAAAUUACCCAGUUUUUCCAUCUGUAAAGUUAAGGGUUUGGGUUUUUCACAGUGAAACCCAGAACCCCUGCGUUCUGCACAGGGGCCUCGAGGACUCUGGCACUCGGAAGGUAGACUGAGGGGGUGAGUUCUGGCUCCUGGUCCAACCACCUAUCCCUAAAUCCUACCUCCUCCUCUUGCUUUAGCCAGGGCAGCUCUACUUUAGAUGGAGUUCCGUUUAACAUUUUCUUUCAAGCAAGUUUCAGCUGCUUUUAAUAAGCUAGGGGAUUAGAGGACGAGGUGAUCGCCAAGGGCCUUUCCACAGUGAGGAGCUUGACCUUGCUCUCUUGUUAAUCUCCCACUCCUACCCCUCAUUGCCUCCUACAUCUUGUAGCUGCAGCCUUAAACUCUUUGGUUACUGUAUGAGCCUCCUCCACAGCCCUGCCACCCCGUACACAUACAGCAGAGGUUCCUCUUUAAGGGAGAGAGGCUCUCCCUUUGCUGCUGGGCACACAGGGGCCCGUGCUUCUGUUCCUCCAGCUUCCAGCUUCUUUCCACUCUGAGUGGAUUAUGGGGUCUGCCUGGCUGAAAGAAGGGGGUGCGUGUGGAGUCCCAUAGGGCUAGGCUUCCCACCCACUGCAUAUGAACUGGCAGAGGAUUUAGGGGAGGUUUAGAAGAUAAGAGUUUUAGAAGCAAAGCAAAAAAUCCCUGGUAAUAGAUAUAAUGAUUCUCCAUUAUAAUAGAGGGUCUUCAGAGUCCAGGGACCAGGUCUAACAGAUUCUUAGCAGUGCUGACAGCCAGAACACAGGAAAUGGGAGGUAACUGGACUUUUGGGUUCUUCACUGAAACUAUAGUCAAGUGGCUUUCCCACAUUGGCCAAGCAUGAGCCCUUCUGCCAAAGAUGGGCUGUCCACUUAGAAUCACAGGGAUAGGGUGUCUUCUGCAAGAGAGAGGCCAUUAAGGACAUGAAGUGCUUUACCCAUAGAGAAGUGCAUAGAUAUUUGGGAUAAUCCUAUAUUGAUCUAAAAUGGGAUGUAAUACCAUUAGGAGUGGGAGGAAUGAGACUUUCUUACAGAAGGACAUGGAAUGGAAUUGGUGGGGAGAGGCAGAAAGCUUUCCUUUUGAGGGCCCUCAUUCACCCACCUCUGUUAAUAACUUGGCUCCUUCUCCUUUUCUCACUAUUAUGUUUGAUAGAAAGUCAUAAUUAUCUGUAAUGGUAGAGGGAGGAGGGC